AUGUAUACGGAUACGAAAAAUCUCGCACAUCAAUUGGCGGACAUGAGCCUCACUUCGGCGAAUACAACUUUAACCACCCCCACCGCCCCAACAGAGAAGUCCAAGCGCAAGCUUUGCAAAAUGUGGCGCCCACUAUUGCGGUUGAUGGCACGCAAGCGCAACAGCAGCCACAGCACAGCUAACAGCAGUUCGCAUGCCACCAGCCUACACCCAAACAACGUACACCUCAACAACACAAUCCCAACAAAAGCGCACGCCAACAGCGGCAGCGAAGACUGGCCUACGGUGCAUAUCGAGGACUACGCCAGCCUCAUGCGCAAAAUGAGUUUAAAGGAGCAGUGCAACCAUGGCGCAGGCGAGUUGGCCAGCACACGCGCUGUGCCCGAAUGGGAGCGCCCCUGUCAGGCAAGUGCUAAAUUCGCAACGACAGUGAUCAGCAGUGCAAGCAUUGAGAAGACGCCGGCUAGCACGUGCGCGCACUGUGUCUAUGGGCGUAAUUGUCAGCACGAGCAGUUUCAUCAUCACAUCUGUGACGCGGCCACACAAGCCACAAACACAACCGCAACAACGUCCACAUCAACAACAGCAGCAACCAGCACAGCAGGCGCACCUCAUUGGCCCACAAUGCCAGAGGGCACAGCGGUGCUGUCGCAGCAUGCGCUCACCGAACUGCCCAUACAGUAUAUGCACACCGAUGAUGGCACCUUCUUCUGGACGAAUGCACAGGAGAAAAUCGACGAUGACCUACUCACGGCGUGGUUGUGUCAGAGUUGGCGUCAGCUGCCUUUGCAGGCGGCGCUGCUGUGA